CAGGAAGGGGGAGCCUGAAGGGGCAAAGGGACCCUGGAGCCUCGGUCUGUAAAAGCUUAAAGUCCUUCGCUUCCCGCACAGCCUUCGGCCGCCCCGGGGCCCCUCCUCCGCAGAUGCGCCCUGCCUUGGGCAGCGGACUCCCCAGCACUGCCAACAGCUGCUUUCUCUGUCUGCCCUCUUGAGGCUUCUGUACCUGUCCCCACGCUCUCUCCUCAGCCUGGAAAGCAGCCCCUAGGGGCAGAGGGCGGUCUGGGGGAGCCCUGAGGAACUGGAGGCCGGGCCAGAAUUCUCCUGAGACCUUGGUCCUUUCUGUGCGUGUCGGCCGGGCCCUUUCUUGACUUCCUGCCCCUCGUGGGGCUCUGUCCACCAAAUUGGGAAAGAGGUGGCGGAGGGCCUCCCGUGGGGUUCGGGAAAAGGCGAUGUCAUCAGCUGGCCCAGCGCCUAUGAUCCUCCAUCCGGCUGCUAGAGACCCUCCUCCCCUGGGCAAGUCCCAUUUUUUUCAAGGAAGACAAAAACUAGGGUUUUGGGAAGGAAUGAGACACCCAUCUGAGUCCCACCCGGAGAGCUGCUGGCUGACUGGCUUCCAGCUCAGCCAAUCACGGAGGCUCAAGAUGCUUAAAAGAGCUGGCGGGGAGAGCCCGUGGGAAGAACCCACAGGGAGACCCACAGACACAUAGACUGGGGGAGAGCGCCGGACAGGGACGAAGGCACCGAGGCGAAGCCGGGGUCUGAAGGCGUACAGAGGGGAGGCCAGUGAGGCUGCAGGGGACGGGCAGGAAGAGACAAAGAAGCAGGAGACAGGGAUUUGGGAGGGAAGUUGGGAGGAGCCAGGACACCAGGCACUUCUCCUAAGCCGAGGGCCUAGUUCUCUGCAUCUGUGAAAGUCCCAGCUCCUCUGGAAACUGCCCCUGACCUUGGCGCUAGUCUGAGCCCCGGGCUGCAGAGAAAAGCCAGUGCGUGUGGGACUCGGUGCCUGGACGGCUCGCUUUCGCCCAGCUGCAGCCGCAGUGCCAUGUCCCUGACGGACCUGUGUCCCGGGAGGAGCUUGGCGAGCUGCUGGCCGUGGGGCGCCCGCCCCCGUCGGCUGCUCCCCACCGUGCCCAUCUCCGGGCCAGUAAGGCUGCUUCUGCUGCUGCUGGCAUCCGCCCUCCUGCCCUUGGCCCGGCCGGCCAGCCAGGAGGAGGAGGUCGUGUUCCCAGAGAAGCUCAACGGCAGCGUCCUGCCUGGCUCGGGCGAUCCUGCCAGACUGCUGUACCGCCUGCCCGCCUUUGGGGACACGCUGCUGCUAGAGCUGGAGCGAGACCCGGGUGUGCGGGUCGAGGGGCUGACAGUUCAGUACCUGGGCCAGGCGCCCGAGCUGCUGGGUGGGGCCGAGCCGGGCACCUACCUCACUGGCACCAUCAACGGAGACCCUGAGUCGGUGGCAUCUCUGCACUGGGACGGGGCAGCCCUGCUAGGGGUGCUGCAGUAUCGAGGGACCGAGCUCCACAUCCAGCCCCUGGAGGGAGGCGCCCCCAACUCCGCCGGGGGGCCCGGGGCGCACAUCCUGCGCCGGAAGAGUCCCGUCAGUGGCCGAGGCCCCAUGUGCAGCGUCAAGGCUCCUUCUGGGAGCCCCAGCCCCAGCCCCCGCAGAGCCAAGCGCUUCGCUUCCCUGAGUAGGUUCGUGGAGACCCUGGUGGUGGCUGACGACAAGAUGGCUGCUUUCCAUGGCGCCGGACUGAGGCGCUACCUGCUGACAGUGAUGGCGGCGGCAGCCAAGGCCUUCAAGCACCCGAGCAUCCGCAACCCUGUCAACCUGGUGGUGACUCGGCUAGUGAUUCUGGGGCCCGGCGAGGAAGGGCCCCAGGUGGGGCCCAGUGCGGCCCAGACGCUGCGCAGCUUCUGCACAUGGCAGCAAGGACUCAACACGCCCCAGGACUCGGACCCCGACCACUUUGACACGGCUGUGCUGUUCACCCGGCAGGACCUGUGUGGGGUCUCCACCUGCGACACCCUGGGCAUGGCCGACGUGGGCACUGUGUGUGACCCGGCACGGAGCUGUGCUGUCGUGGAGGACGACGGACUGCAGUCGGCCUUCACUGCUGCUCACGAACUGGGUCACGUCUUCAACAUGCUGCAUGACAAUUCAAAGCCAUGUGUGGGUCUGAAUGGGCCUGGGGGCACCUCUCACCAUGUCAUGGCCCCUGUGAUGGCUCAUGUGGACCCUGAGGAGCCCUGGUCCCCCUGCAGUGCCCGCUUCAUCACUGACUUCCUGGACAAUGGCUACGGGCACUGUCUCCUAGACCAGCCAGAGGCUCCCCUGCGUCUGCCUGUGACUUUCCCUGGCAAAGACUAUGAUGCUGACCGCCAGUGCCAGCUGACCUUCGGGCCUGAGUCACACCAUUGUCCGCAGCUGCCACCGCCCUGUGCUGCCCUCUGGUGCUCUGGUCAUCUCAACGGUCACGCCAUGUGCCAGACCAAGCAUUCGCCCUGGGCAGAUGGCACCUCUUGCGGGCCCUCACAGGCCUGCAUGGGUGGCCGCUGCCUCCACGUGGACCAGCUCCGGGACUUCGACAUUCCGCAGGCUGGUGGCUGGGGUCACUGGGGAUCUUGGGGCGACUGCUCCCGGAGCUGCGGGGGCGGUGUCCAGUUCUCCUCCCGGGACUGCACGCGGCCCGCCCCCCGGAACGGUGGCAAAUACUGUGAGGGCCGCCACACCCGUUUCCGGUCCUGCAAUACUCAGGACUGCCCUGGUGGCUCCGCGCUGACCUUCCGUGAAGAACAGUGUGCUGCCUACAACCACCGCACUGACCUCUUCAAGAGCUUUCCAGGACCCAUGGACUGGGCCCCUCGCUACGUGGGCGUGGGCCCCCGGGACCAGUGCAAACUCACCUGCCAGGCCCGGGCUCUGGGCUACUACUACGUGCUGGAGCCACGGGUGGUAGACGGGACGCCCUGUUCCCCCGACAGCUCCUCGGUCUGUGUCCAGGGCCGCUGCAUCCAUGCUGGCUGUGACCGCGUCAUUGGCUCCAAAAAAAAGUUUGACAAGUGCAUGGUGUGCGGCGGGGAUGGUUCCAGCUGCAGCAAGCAGUCCGGCUCCUUCAGAAAAUUCAGGUGUGCCGCUGCCCGGGGCAGGCUACCUUCACUACAGCGGGGCCACUGCAGCCUCCGAGACCCUGGCAGGCCGCGGGCCGCUGGCCCAGCCCCUGACGCUGCAGGUCCUGGUGGCCGCAGACCCCCGGGGCGCUCGCCUGCGGUACAGCUUCUUCGUGCCCCGGGCGGCCCCCUCGCCAGCGCGCCCCGCUCCCCAGGACUGGCUGCACCGCAAGGCGCAGAUCCUGGAGGUGCUCCGGCGGCGGCCCUGGGCCGGCCGCAAGUGACCUCACCACCCCGGCCGCCCUUCCCAGGCACUGGCCUGGACUUAGUGGGAGCCAGGGGCUUCCGGGCCUCGUGGGGGUUGGCCGGGCCCACCUCCCCCCACACCCCGCCCUGCCGCAGGCUGGCCCUGCCAAUCCCCUGCUCUGGACAGCAGCCAUGGUGGACUGAGGGGCUGGGAGACAGUCCCCUAUGUAGGGUGCCCUCUCUGCCCUGCUGGUCACAGGAGGGAGGGGGAAGGCAGAGUGGGCCCCAGCUGUAUUUAUUUAGUAUUUAUUCACUUUUAUUUAGUGCCAGAGAAGGAGAUGAGGGCCGGGGUCCUGGGGAAUUGAACCGGACCUCUGCUAGGCCUCACCCUGGCCAGGAAAUCCAGGGUGGUGGCCGUGGCCCGCGUGGUCCGUGUGUGUGUGUGUGUGUGUGUGUGUGUGUGUGUGAGAGAGAGAGAGAGAGAGAGAGAGAGAGAGAGAGAGAGAGAGAGAGAGGACGUGUGUGAGAGGACAUGUGCAUGUAUCUGUGUGUGUACAAUGUAUGUCCUGCCCUGCUUUCCUAGCCCUGACUGCUGUCUUCUGGGGAAGGAGGAGUCAAGGGCAGGGCAGGUCUUCAGGGAGUAAGGGACUGCCAUGUCUUGAAGUACAAAUUGAAUUCUGCUAUUUAUGUGCUCGGACAGGUGUGGCGCACCCUGGCUCCACAUCUCUGGACGUUAGUUUCCUCAACUGCAAUCACAAUACCUCCCUUGGAACUUUGUCGUGAGGAUUAAAUAAUGUAAAUAAAGAGCUAGCACCGUG